AUGCGUGACCAACCGGUUACACAUAAAAUAGGACAUUCAUGUAUUAUUACUAGUUGUCUUUCACUUAUUAUUGGUCUUAUGCUUAUUGUUACGGGUGUUAUAUCAGAAACAAAAAAAACAACAUUUAUUGGUAUUGGUAUUAUUACUUUAGGUGUGGGUUUUUUCCUUACAACAAUUGUAUGUUUUUAUGCUAAACUUAAAGUAUGUUAUCGUAAUUGGGCUUAUGGACCACCUAUUUCACCACUUAAUAUGGAACUAUCUCAACAAACAACAAUAAUUAAUGCAUAA